GAAUGCGCCUUACAGAAUUACUGUCAAAUGUCAAGUUAAAUUUAAAAAUCAAAACUUAACCUACAAAAAAUUUCAGAAAAACAUCUCAGAAACUCCAGUGAAAAUGGAAGAAAAUAAAGAAUCACAAGAAAGCGAUACUCAAAACUUACCAACGUUAUUCAAAGAAGGAUUAGACAACUACAAUAACAUCAUUAACAGUGAUCAGCCCAUGAAUAGCAAUGAAUUGCAGACUAAAAUAAAGCGCACGAUGAAGACCUUCGAACAGGCCACCAGAUUAGUCUCCAUAUCAGAUUUGUUCAGCUCAAAUGAAGGCAUCGAGGAGGUGUCAACCAAUAACCUUCAGUAUUUUCUUUUGCCAGCACUGUUGGGUUCGUUGUCUCUAAAAUUAACUACGGGGGAACGAAAGGAUAUAGUCGAUGUGGCCGAAAUUUAUUUUAAAGAUUUUUUGAAGAGAUGCAAUGAGUAUGGUAUCAGUAAUUAUCAAUUCAAAGAGAAGGAUAAAAGUAUCGACGAAGCAAGAAACAAAACUGAAUUAGAGAAGCUAGAAACAUCGGUUAAUACCAGAGCUAAUAAAAUACAAAGAUUCAAAGAACAAAGGGAACUGAAAGCAAACUUGGAAGAUUUGAAGAAAAAUAUCGAAAACGAACACGUAGACGAAGAAAUAAAACGAAAGUAUUUUCUGACAAUGAUAAAAUUAUUCAUUUACGAAUCCAUCGAUGAACUGAAUAGCAUAGACAUGGAAAAGCCUAUUCUGGAGCACAUGGCUAGUAUGACGAAGGAGGAAAAAGCCCAACCUAAAAGACCUCCUCCUCCUCCUUUGAAACCCAUUAUUAUUACAAAAGAUCAAAUACAAAAAACUGUAUUCGGUGCCGGGUAUCCAUCAUUACCUGUAAUGACUGUGCAAGAAUUUUAUGAAAAAAGAGUCGAAGACGGAAUAUUUCCCGAUCCAAACAAGCCAAAAAAAGCUCCGUCUACUCUACAAGAAGCAGCUUUGGCGGGCGUAUCGCUGUACGAAGAGGACAAAGAAGAAGAACACAAAGAUAAGCUCAUUGAUGACGACGACGACGAGAACAUCGCAAGGAUGAGAGCUAAGGACGAGUACAAGGACGACCACAGAAGGGGAUGGGGUAACAGGAUGAACAGGAGUUAGAUUUCAAUGCAUAUUACGAAUAAAAAUUGAUCCUCAUCGAAUUUUUCUACGUUUUCUAAUUUAUUAUUAUAUUUAUUCUCUUUGUGUUGUGGCGAAUACUUUGCGGCUAAUCGCUGCGUUCUUUGUGAUGAGAUGUUUGUUUCAUUGACAAUUUAUCUCUUCUUACUAUUUUGAAAUUAAUUACAUAAUUAACAAUUAUAUUUACUAAUAUAUUUUGUUCUUCGUCCUUAAUUAUUUCUACAGGUGUGUUAUGUAUUUAUUAACAGUAAAACUUCGAACCUAAAAUAGUAAUAACAAUACCGCCUG